UUAAAGCUUUUGGGUACUUAUCUCAAACUUUUUUUUACUUAUAUCAAGUUUAUUCAUGUCUUCUUCAUUUUCUUUAAUUACCCAACGAAAUACUGUUUUACGUCUACCCAUCCGAAGAGGAGCAAUUUACGAUCUAAAUUAAUCAAAAAAACAAACAAUCCAAAAUCUUUAUUUAGGAUAAUGAAAAUUAGAACUAAAAAAAUCAGAACAAAAAGGACAAAAAAUAGUGACCAAUGGAUAUGAAAAUCUGUCAAGAUUAGUAAGCCUAUACUUAACUUUCCAAGAAAAAUCUAUUAUAAGUCCUCUUAAUAAUCACUUCCACCAUCUUAAACCGAUAUAAAACCUAAGAGAGAAGGAGACAAAAACAAAAACAAACACCAAAAACGAACACCAAAAAAAAAGAAGAAAAGACGAAAAGCAUGCAAUUGUUUUUCGUUUUUUGUUGAAACAAAAAAAAAACGAAAUUCAUUAAAAAGAGAACCAAACAAAAAGAUUCAGUUACUUUUUCUUCCUGCUAUCAUUUCUUAUAUAAAGAGUUUGCAUUUUUAUUACAAAAGUAAAUUUUGGAACUAUGGGUAAUCAUGGAGAAAAAGAAAGAGGAAAUGUUGUGAUUAGGGCCAUAUUGUUGGGUCUCAUAAGCAUUGUGUGUGUGAAUGGUACAAAUAUAAAUUACAAAGAAGCCCUAACCAAAUCUCUAAUCUUCUUGGAAGCUCAAAGAUCAGGCAAACUCCCUCCAAACAAUAGGGUUCCGUGGAGAGGUGAUUCUGCUCUUGAUGAUGGCAAACUUGCAAAUGUUGAUUUGGCUGGAGGGUACUAUGACGCAGGAGACAAUGUGAAGUAUGGUCUUCCAAUGGCGUUCACGAUCACGACGCUGGCUUGGUCGACCAUUUACUACGAUAAAGAACUCCGUGCCUCAGGAGAGCUCGAAAAUGCUCGUGCCGCUAUCCGUUGGGGCACUGAUUAUUUUCUCAAAUGUGCUUCUCGCAAGAACCGCCUCUAUGUUCAGGUUGGUGAUCCACACCUGGAUCACAAGUGUUGGGCGAGGCCUGAGAACAUGCAAACAGCAAGGACAGUAUUGCAGAUAAGUGAUAAAGAUCCUGGCACAGAAAUCGCAGCCGAGACUGCCGCUGCAUUGGCUGCUUCCUCGAUCGUUUUCCGCCGCAUCGACCACAAAUACUCCCGCCGGCUCCUGAACAAAGCCAAAUUGCUCUUCAAGCUAGCGAAGAGCCACAAGGGUUCGUAUGAUGGAGCAUGCCCUUUCUAUUGUUCUUGCUCGGGUUACAACGACGAGUUGCUGUGGGCGGCAACAUGGCUAUACAAGGCAACGAGGAAACAGGUGUACCUUAGCUACCUCAAAUUUGAAGCCAUAAGUGGCUACGUCGCUGAGUUUAGUUGGGAUCUCAAAUAUGCCGGUGCGCAGAUGCUCAUUGUAAAGAUGAUCUUCGAAGGCACAAAAGGACUUGACCUAUACAAACAACAGGCUGAUAGUUUUAUCUGCUCGAAUCUCCCUGGUAGUCCUUACCACCAAGUCUUCAAUACCCCAGGUGGUAUGAUUCACCUGAGGGAUGGAGCCAACACUCAGUAUGUCACCGCAACUGCCUUCUUGUUCUCGGCCUACGCCGAUAUUCUCCAGAAAUACAACCAAAAGAUCUUUUGCGGAAGCAAGCAAUUCGAUUCAACACAUCUCAUGGCUUUCGCCAAAAAACAAAUUGACUACAUACUAGGGCAUAACCCACAAGGAAGGUCGUACAUGGUUGGGUUCGGACCAAACCCGCCUAAGCAAGCCCACCACAGAGGAGCUUCAGUGCCAAUGUCUGAAGCCAAUGAGCCUUUAAGCUGUCCAUUGAGCUUUGUGAAAUGGUUCAACAAGAACCAGCCUAACGCAAACGAGCUGACCGGAGCCAUCGUGGGAGGACCCGACCGUCAAGAUAAUUUCCAAGAUUUUCGUUGGACAUCCGUUUACACGGAGCCUUGCACUUACAUCAACUCUAUCGCCGUGGGUAUUCUUGCCAAGCUUGCCGCCACGGCUUAGAGCCAUAACAUUUGAUGAGACCACUUCGAUGGAAAGUAUUAUUCUAGGGUUUCCUUAACCUAAUAUAUUUGCAGAAGAAUGUGGCCAUGCAAUGUGACUCUAUUUUCAUUAUUUUUGCCUUUGUAGGUUGCUUUUUGGAAAUCCGUUUUCUCCAAAAAUAUAAAAUUGUAUGGGUAUAAUAAUAAGACCCUGAUGAUUUGAAACUACAAUUAAGUGGAACUAAUGAAUAGCCGGAAUGGUAGAUUCAUACCAUUUCACGUAGAUUUUUAACUCUAUUUUUGUUUUAUAUGAAAUAAUGUUUUGUUGUUAAUUUCUAUGUAAUUUACAUUAAACUAUCAAAUAUAUGAUUAAAUAAUUAUCUAUGUUUCUCAAAAUAAUUAAUUAAUGCAUUAUUAUCUAAAUAAAUAGUUGCUCGCUCUCAUGUGUGUGAUGUAGAAGAUGAAUAUAUCAUAUAUUAUUUACUUGUGAGUUCAUUGAUAAUUAGUUUGGACUGUUUCCAAAAUUUAUGACCCUGAUUUUGAAUUUUAAUUAGGUUCCAGUAUGAAAAUAUUCACAAAUUAUUGCCACGCCCUUAAAGCUAACAAGAGGUGCUCUGUGGUUUUGGAACAUUUCCAAAGGAUGAUUCAAAAUCAAUUUCAAAGAUACGUCGUUGCUUGCUGUCUACUAUAUACUAUAUAAAAUUUGGGGCUAUAAGGUAUUGAGAUUGUGCACAUAUGAUUUAAAAUCAUCAAGUAUAAUAUGCAAAAUCAUUAUUUUAAUUUUCAAUUUUUAAAUGUGAAAUUUUCAAAAAAUAUAGUUUCAAAAAAAUAAAAUAAAAUUCCCUACAAACGAAGGUAAACUAACAAAAACAAAAGUCACUAAAAUAAUUAACAAGAUAUAGAAAUUAUUUUCGAACAUUAACAUAAAGUUCAAUAAUUUUUUUUUGAAGAAUAAUAUAAUUUUAUUUUACAAAUGUAUAUUGUAGUAAUUUAAAUCACAAAUGAUUUUCAAAGUCCAUACAAAAUAAACUCAAAUAAAAAAACAAAAAUCAUUUAAAAAUAAUCAUUGUGGCAUAUAUAUUAUUUUGUAAAAUUAACAUAAAAUUUAAACACAAUUGUCUAAAGAAUUAAUGUUUUUAAAGAAUAAAGCCUAUAAUAAUUUAAAUCACAUAAUAUUUUAAAAUUUUAAGUUACAUAAUAUUAAAAAUCUUCGUGAAGAAUUUAAAACAUCAAUAAAAUAUAUCAAAUCACUAUUUAAAUUAUUAUCUAAAAUAUUAAGCUUUUCAAAAAACAUUAGUUCAAAAUAAAAUAAAAAUCAAUAUUAUUUAGCUCCUAAAAGAAGAAUUAACUUGACUCAUAUGUUAACUAUUUGAAAAUUUAACAUUAAUGAGAUUAAUAAACAAACAUUCUUUAAAAUAUGUUAUAAUAUACAAAUAUCAUAUAUCAAUAUAAAAUUAAUAUAAAGUUUCAAAAAUAAAAUGAAAAUAAUAUGAAAUAUACAAUAAAAUUUUGUUUUAUUUUUAUUAGGGUUACAAAACGGGGACAAACAGUCGGUGGGACCACAUUUAUCGGUUGUUUUAUUCUUUUUUAUUAGGGUUCGAUCGUUUACUAAUUUUCUUUUUAAUUUGUUCUGCAGAUGAACUCUAGACAUGUUCUAAGGGUCAUUCACGGGACAUGGAAUCUUCAUCAAAAUGGAGAGUGGAGCUUUGAAAGGAAGACAAACGAUCUUGGGUUUCCAGCUAUCGUGCGAACGUUAGAAAAUUUCGAUUCGCUUGAACGAAUUGUCUGAAGCCUAUACAACCUCGCAAUCGAAACACCAAUUUCGAUGACUUAUAGGCUUCCUGAGUGGAUGCUUAUUCCGGAUGGUAAUAAAACUCCUCCGAUAACAAUUCUUGAAACACCUGACAUUCAAUUUAUGAUGGCUGUGAGAGCUUGGUUUGCCGACCUCACACUUUGUGUAACUAUUGGAGCCGAAGAUGUUGCAUGUUAUCAAUUCUUUUGCCAAGCUGACUUUAAUAUCGGGUCCUCUUCUUAUAAAUUCAGAAACGGAAACGAGGAUCAGUCGUUCGAAGGUAAACCGUUGUUUCUCGAUACUUUUCUUUUUGUCUCUUUUAAGUUUCGUGUUUUUUUUUGUUAAUAAUUAGAGAGAAUCUAAUUUUUACAUACAUUGCGUUUAAUUUCAUCAAUAAUUUCGUUAAAUAAUGUAAAUUAUUUGCAAUCGUUUUAGGCUUUUUAGGAGAGGCAGUGGUUGCAAGUCAAGCGGUGCUAGAGGAGUACUUUAAUGACCAAGAGAUGAUGGUUAAUCAUAGGGUUCACCUCGAAAUGGAAAAAGCAAAACUGGAUUUGGAAAAUCAAAGAUGUUACGAACUUGUUCAUGGCAACGAAAUAAUUGUCAUAGAUGAUACUGAUUCCGACAGUGACGGAACCGAACCAUUAGGAUCAAACAAACUCUCUAUAACUGUGUUUAACACAGGUAAGAUGAAUACAUUUUUAUAUGUCACUAAUAAUAAUUCUAAUUAUCAAAUUGUUGACAUAGGCGCUUCGUCAAAUCAAGAAUCUCCUUUCCCAACAAAUGGACUCAUCAUUUCGGACGAGAGAAACAGUUAAUGCAAAAUAUAGUUUAUUACUCCAAUAUAUAUAUAAAUAUAGAAAACUACCGCAAGAUUUCGAAUUGUUAAUUUUUCAUCUUCAUAUAUUAUUAUAAUAAAUGUAACUUACGUUUACUAAUUAUGGUCUAAACAAAUUUUCAUUGACUUUAAAUUACCAGGUGUUGCAUUAGACUCUGAGUACAUCUCUCAACCUAAUGUGUCUAACGGUAAGAUAUAACUAAAUUUGCUUUUUCUGGAUUAUCAUUAAUUUAGCCGACUAUAAAUGACAUAUUUUUUAUUUCCUUCUAGAUUCACCGAUGGAAUACUAUAAAGGGAUUCCCGUCCAAUUUACGGUGGAUGAAGAUUUGGUUAUUGUCCAGCCAAGUUCCCCUGCAAUCGAUGAUGGCAUUAGUUUUUGGGAAGGAGUUAUUGCAUCCGAAAAUGACAAUCAUGUAAAGAACGAAGAACAUUCCGACGAGAUGGACCUCGAUAUUCUCAUGUCUCAAAAUAUUUCACAGCUCCAACAAAAUGGCACCACUAACGUUGAGGAUGCUAACUCUUAGACCGACUCGACUCCUGAUCUUGAUGAAGUAAACAAUGUCGUUCUUAGUUGGGAAAAUGUUUCAGAAAAUCUUUCGAACACCCAACCAAUGUAUGAUAAUCCCAUUGUCUCGGAAGGUACGUAUUAUUGUUAUAUGUAUUUAUUUUAAAAUUAAAUAAUAUUUCCUUGUAUUCAUAAAAUCCAUUUUAUGAUAUAGGUGUUCUUGAUGAUACUCUCGUGAUCUACAAUGCCGAAAA